ACGCCUGGCCUCCCUCUGUCAGGGCCCUCUGUUGUGGAUAUGGCUUGGUUCCUGUAUCUGGGUGUAUUUUUGGUGGUGGGCCUGGUUUUGUUAGCUCUGCAGUUGAAGCUCAGAAUGUCCGCACAUGGCCCCCAGGAGCCCCCUCAUCUCCCAGCACUGCCUCUGAUCGGUAGUCUGCUCAGUCUGCGGAGCCCGCACCCCCCUCAUGUGCUUUUUAAAGAGCUGCAGCAGAAAUACGGACAGACGUACUCUCUGAUGCUGGGCUCCCACUGUGUCAUCGUAGUCAACCAGCACACACACGCUAAAGAAGUCCUGCUGAAGAAGGGGAAGAUAUUCGCCGGAAGACCAAGAACUGUGACCACAGACAUUCUGACCAGAGAUGGGAGAGACAUUGCAUUUGGAGACUACAGCGCUGCCUGGAGGUUCCACAGGAAGAUCGUGCAUGGAGCUCUGUGCAUGUUUGGGGAGGGCUCUGCCUCCAUCGAGAAGAUCAUCCAUGCCCAGGCCGGGUCUCUGUGCUCCGUCCUGUCGGAGGCAGCAGCUGCUGGGCUGGCUCUGGACCUGUCCCCUGAGCUGACCCGGGCCGUCACCAACGUGGUCUGCUCGCUGUGCUUCAGCUCCUCCUACAGCCGAGGAGACGAGGAGUUUGAGGACAUGCUGCGCUACAGCCAGGGCAUCGUGGACACGGUGGCCAAGGACAGCCUGGUGGACAUCUUCCCCUUGUUACAGAUUUUUCCAAAUGCAGACCUGCGUCUUCUGAAGCAGUGUGUCUCCAUCAGAGAUAAACUUCUACAGAAGAAAUAUGAUGAACACAAGGCGGACUACAGUGACCAGGUGCAGCGGGACCUGCUGGACGCGCUCCUGAGGGCCAAACGCAGCGCCGACAACAACAACACAGCAGAGAUCAGCGCAGAGUCUGUGGGCCUCAGUGAGGACCACCUCCUCAUGACUGUGGGGGACAUCUUUGGAGCCGGUGUGGAGACAACCACCACAGUGCUGAAAUGGGCCAUCGCCUACAUCCUCCAUCACCCUCAGGUGCAGAGGCGUAUCCAAGAGGAGCUGGACAGAAAGGUGGGGGGGGACCGGCCCCCCCAGCUCAGUGACAGGGGGAGUCUGCCCUACCUGGAGGCCACCAUCAGGGAGGUGUUACGGAUCCGGCCUGUGGCCCCUCUGCUCAUCCCACAUGUGGCCCUCAGUGACACCAGCAUUGGGCCCUUCACAGUGAGGAAGGGGACCAGAGUCGUCAUCAACCUGUGGUCCCUGCACCACGAUGAGAAGGAAUGGAAAGACCCUGAGCUCUUUGACCCUGCUCGCUUCCUGAACAGUGAGGGCACCGGAGUGAGGGUCCCGUCCAGCAGCUACCUGCCGUUUGGAGUGGGGGUCAGGGUGUGUCUGGGCGAGGCCUUGGCUAAGAUGGAGCUCUUCCUCUUCCUGUCGUGGAUCCUGCAGCGCUUCUCCCUCUCCGUCCCCACAGGACACUCUCUGCCCAGUCUCCAGGGGAAGUUUGGCGUGGUCCUCCAGCCGGCGCGGUACAAGGUGACCGCCACCCCCAGAGCGGGCUGGGAGAGCGGCCACGUGUCCAUUUAGGACCGGACAGUCUUCUCUACCAAGCAUCAUCAUGCAGAUCAUGAACCGGACAUUUACUAGCAUCUCUUU